UUCCGAAUCUUGAAAUAAGUUUUGUAUUAUUAUAAUGAACUUUCCAACGACAACUUGUUAACUAAGGAGUCAUGUCAAGUCAAUGAAUGUGCAAUUAUAAAUUCAUUUCCACCACACAAACACAAAAACUGAAAACACUAAGUAGCUUUCUUCAUUCAGCACCCUGUUUCAUCACCCACCCUUCUUUCUUCAUUCAACACUGAAGACAUGUGUUUACAAAAACCAAUGGAGAUUGUAGGAUACGGUUUUCGUCCCACCGAUGAAGAACUUGUCCACUCUCACCUCAAACACAAGUUGCUAGAUGAUGAUCCCCGUGUCCAUGUCAUGACUGACAUAGAUCUUUGCGCUGUGGAACCUUGGCAAGUACCAGAGAUGUUAGCAAAAUCAGUAAUACCAUUCAAAAACUCAGAAUGGUUUUUCUUCAGUCCUGUUAAGUUGAAGUACUCAAAUAGUGAAAGGUUUGAAAGGACAACCAAGAGUGGGUUCUGGAAACCCACGGGAGAACCCCGUGAUGUUAGAACAGAGGACACCAACACUGUCAUUGGGACUAAGAAGACUCUUGUUUUCUAUAUUGGACGUGCUUCCAAAGCUGUCAAAUCCAACUGGGUUAUUCACGAAUAUCAUGCUCUUAACUCAAUCCAAAGCCAGAAUGCUUUUGUGUUAUGCCGCUUGAAAAAGAAACCUGGGAAAACGACCGAAGGAGGAACUACUGCACUGAUCUGUGUUGAAGAGGAAUCCAGUAGAAGUGUGGUUUCUGACAAUGAACAUCAGGCAACAGCAGAAGGAGUUCCACCUGGAGAUACUUCUAACAGAAUGGAAACAAUCUGUCAGUUAACAUAUCAGGCAGAAAAAAACAUCUCCCCAGCAGAACAGUCUCUAAUUGAUAUUGAGCAGGAUGAAGCAUCUUUCCCAAACCCAUCUAACGAUGCCUAUUUUAGAAAGGAAAUCAACAAUAGGCAUAUCCCAUAUGCACAGACUCCAUUUGAACCUAUGCAUACUUCUUUAGGAUCUACCCAAAAUCCAUUUGAAGCUGGAUCUAUGUUAACUCUCUCUGAACCUACACAACCUUCAUUUGAAACUACAAAGACUCCUUUUGAAACUAUGGAGACUCCUUUUGAUACACGGGAGACUCUUUUAGGAACUAUGCAAUCUCCUUUGGGAGCUAUGCAAACUCCUUUAGGAGCUAUGUAUACUUCAAUUGAAACUACGCAGACUUCUUUAGGAUAUAUGUUAACUCCUUUAGAAACUACACAACCUUCAUUUGAAACUAUAAAGACUCCUUUUAAAACUAUGGAGACUCCUUUUGAUACUAUGGAGACUCUUUCAGGAACUUUGCAGUCUCCUAUGGGAGCUAUGUAUACUUCAUUUGAAACUGCGCAGACUUCUUUAGGAUCUAUGUUAACUCCUUUAGAAACUACACAACCUUCAUUUGAAACUAUAAAGACUCCUUUUGAAACUAUGGAGACUCCUUUUGAUACUAUGGAGACUCUUUCAGGAACUAUGCAGACUCCUUUAGGAGCUAUGUAUACUUCAUUUGAAACUAUGCAGACUUCUUUAGGAUCUAUGUUAACUCCUUUUAAAACUACACAAUCUUCAUUUGAAACUACAAAUACUCCUUUUGAAACUAUGGAGACUCCUUUGGUAGCUAUGGUGACUCCUUUGGGAGCUAUGUAUACUUCAUUUGAAACUACGCAAACUUCUUUAGGAUCUAUGUUAACUCCUUUUGAAACUACACAGACUUCAUUUGAAACUUCGAAGUCUUUGGAAACUCCUUUUGAAAUUAUUGAGACUCCUUUUGGAGCUAUGCAGACUCCUUUAGGAGCUAUGUAUACUCCACCUGAAAUGAUGCAUCCUCCCUCUGAUUUAGGAUCUAUGCAGACUCCAUUUGGAGUUACAAGUCCUUUAGCAUCUAGGAAGAUUCCUUUUGAAAGUAGGAAAAUUCCAUUUCAAUAUACACAUACUCCGUCGCAGACUCCUUUUGAGAUCCCGAAAUCAUUGAAAAGGGCAUAUUGUGAAAGCACUUGCAUAAAUCCAGAAGUCGUCCUUAAACUGGACGCUUGUAUUGAUGAUAGUUCAACUAUGUGUACUAAAUAUCUUAAUUCAGAUGAAUACCAUUCAUCAAAAAGGUUCAAAACAUCAUAUGAUGUUGUAGAUGAUGACACAGAUCUUCUAUUUUCCAACCAAGAAGCAAGUCAGAAACAAGAAAGUAUAUUUCAAGACAAUUUACGGGGAGUGGAGACAUCCUCAUGUGACUCUACAGUAUAUAAUCCCGAAGAGAUCAAUUGGAAUGAAAUAUCUAGUUUUCCUUGCACUUAAAGGUCAUGGGAAGAUCGGUAUCAUCUAAGACCGAACAACUUCAUAUGGUCCGAACUAAGAAUUUCGUACCGUUAUUGGAUUAGUGGAUAAGAGUAUAUGUUAUUAAAAAUAACUUGCUCUGAAAUAGCCAAUUUACUAUAGAAAUUGCAUAAUGACAAUUAUGCAUUAUAAUUCAAAAGUAUGUAUAAUAGGAAAUGUAUUAGAAAGUAUUAUAAACGAUGAAGUCGUGUGUAUUUAAGAUAGUAGAUUGUGUACUAGGAUGUUUGUAUGGUUAUUUGUAGUUUCUGGAGAGAGUACCUUUUUGUAGUGAACUUUUGUCUCUACGAUACCAAGUGUACUGUUGAAUCAGUUUAUUUUCUUUGAUUUUAUUAUUUAAUAAUAUAUUUUAUCAGCUUUUGGAA